CUUGACCAAUCGCGUGCGAGAGGUUUUAAGCGACGCUUCGCUCUGCCAAUUGGAUUUAAGUAUUUGAUUCCCUCGCCGGUGUGCGCCAUUAAAUUACGUAUUCCAGCAGUUUCGACUUGGUGGCAACGCGGGCUGUCGAAGACGACUGGAAAGGCCGAAACCCCGGUGCAACAAUGGUGAAGCUAUUCAUUGGAAACCUGACCGAAGAGACGGGCAGGGAAGAAAUUGAAGCUUUGUUCACGCCGUACGGCACCGUAACAGAAUGUGCCAAGUACAAAAAUUACGCCUUCGUCCACAUGGAUGACCGCAAGGCGGCCACGAAAGCCAUCCGCGAGCUCAACCUCUAUCAACUGAACGGCAGACCCAUGAACGUGGAGCCCAGCCGAGGGAACAACCAGGGUCCGGUCAAGAUCCAUAUCGCUAAUGUGGAAAGGGGCUGUGACAAAGAGCUGAGAGAGCUGUUCGAAGAAUAUGGCACAGUCACAGAGUGCGCGAUUGUGAAGAAUUUUGCUUUUGUUCACAUGGCCAACUCCGAAGAAGCCAUGGAUGCCAUAAAGGGCCUGGAUAACACAAGGUUUCAAGGACAAAACAUCCACGUUCAGCUGUCGAAAAGCAAGCCCGCCUGGGCUUCGGGAGAGGAGGAGUUCGGUCCGCCGCCCCCACCGCCCGGCCGCGGAGGCUUUUAUCCUCCUCACCCUCCUCGCUUCCACCCCGAGCCUCCCUACGGGGGUCGCAUGUCCUCUUAUCCGCCUCCGCCGCCUCCGCCUCCUCCUCCGCGGCGGCCAAUGUAUCCGGACCGCGGCUAUGGCGAGCGCGAAGGCUACGGGGUGGUGGAUUAUUACGAGAAAUUCCGCGCCCGUCCUUACGGCGCCCCUAAUUACGAAGAUAGGCGUCCCGGGGCCAUCCCGCCGCCGCCACCGCCGCCCCUUCCUUCGGCGAUGGGAAGAGAGCGCGUCGGGAUGGGUUCCCACGAACCGUAUGACCGACGACCCGUUCCCCAUCCUCCUGUGCCCUUCAUGCCCCGAGACCGCAGCCCCAUUAGGCGAGCCCCCCACCCCCCUCCUCCUCCAGCUCCGGCGGCCGGCAACGGCUACUCGUACGAGCGCACCCGCUUCGCCCCGCAGAUGAAACCUCAGCCGUACGCUCCCCCGUACCCCAGGAACAACUACGCACAAAGCGGUCCGCUCCCGGCGCCGCCGCCGCAGCCCAACUACGGCGCCUACCAGGCCCAUGGAGUGUAACCCGGAGGUUUAGAAUAUGUCAAGAACGCCGUCUGCUGAUGCGCAUGGUGCUAUACGCCCCCCCCGCUCCCGCACGUCUUUGGUGGAUUGCGUUGCGUUCGCCGGAGACUUACUGGAAGAUACUGUAUUGCGGACAGCGACGUUCUUAUAAAACAAAACAUGCGAUUCCUUGUUGCAUUCACGCAUUAUAUUUCUGAGCUGUCAAUGCCUUUUCUGUUCCUCUGUUUGUAUUACUCUUCAAAUUCUUAGGUUGUUUGGGUUUCAGUGCUUAGUUCGGUGUGACGCAUUACUACACUGCUUUUCAAUCUUUUUCAAUCGACAUGGCCUCGAAAAGAACGCCAUUCAUUAAAAUGCUAUAUUCAGUCUUUGUUAACAAGUAUUGUAGCGUUUUGUGUAGACUGAUUUUGGUUGCCCAAUAAGUAAAAAAAUCAAAUCGUCAUAGUGUUUCUCGAUACACAUAUUAGACCUGUGUGGCGGUUUAUAAAAUAGUGUCUUCCUUGUCCGACCUGUACGCAUGUAAAAUCAAAAGUAGUACUGGUUUUCUCGAAUGCUUUGUUCGUGGUUUUUUGUUUAGUUUUUUUCUUCCGCUCGGUCAUUUAGCAACGUUGUGUAUGGUUUUACUUAGAUUGCCUUCCCCCCACCCCCACCCCUCGUUUGAAGGAUUUUUAAUAAACAGAUGAACAAAAACGUGACAA